UCUGCACUGUUUCUUCCUGGCAUCCAGAUACUUUUCCUGCGAGGAGAACCAGCUACUUCAGAAGGAAAUGGCCCAGGCACGUUCUGCUCAGAUCCAGCAGGAUCUCUUGGCCUCUGAUCAAGAAAGCCUCUACAGAGAAGUGAUGCAAGAGAGUUAUAACACCAUCUUCAGAGCCUCUCCUCUUCAGCUUCAAAAAUCUGAACUCCUUGCCCACCUGAAACGAGGGCAGGAAGACUGGGCCCAAGAUCUCCAGAGCUCCAGCAAUGGGGCUGGUCAACGGCUGGUUAAGGAAGCUCUGAAGAAAUGGCCAGAAGCAGGAACCUGGUGGAAUUCCUACCGGAGUCCUGUGAACGUGCCCACUUCGGAUUCAUCCAGUUCAGAUGAUGAAAUUGCAAGCGAGAAGGAAGAGGAGGAGAACAUUCAGUGGGAGAGUCAGCGGAUUGCGAAACCUCGUGCGGCUUUGCUAGGCAAAUGGGAGAGCGUUCACAGGCAGGGAAAAGCUUGCAAGUCUCCACACAGCCGCCUGCAGGAGUGUCACACCAGUAUCAAUUGUGCUGAUGUGAAAAAGAAAGGCCUUGUCGCUCACAGGAAUAGCCAGGAAGAAAUUAACGCUGAAGAGGGCCAGCAUGAAUGCUCUGUGUGUGGGAAAAACUUUGGCAGGAGAUCAUCCCUCAACAGACACGUCAAAAUCCACAGCGGAGACAAGCCUUUUAGAUGUUCCAUCUGUGGCAAAUGUUUCCUUGUGAAAACCAGCCUGGUUUUACAUAAAGAAAGUAUGCAUAAAAAAAGACCCCGUUCAGGAAAGAAGCUUUGGGAAUGUCAUGAGUGUGGACAGAACUUUGCUACGAAAGCCUUUCUUAUGGAGCAUCAGAAGAUGCAUACCAGUGAAAAAACGUAUCCAUGCCCUGUCUGUGAGAACAGCUUCAUGGAAGUUGGGUACCUGGUUAAGCAUCUCAUGACUGCUCACUCGGGGGAGCAUGUCUUCAAAUGCCCUGUCUGUGGAAAAGGUUUUAUGAAGGAGAAAGAUCUCCUGAGGCAUCAAGGGAAGAGCCAUGGGAGUAGCCAUUGCUUUCUAAGUCUGGACAGUGAAAACAGCUGCAAGGAAACAGCCAAACACAAAAGGCUUCAUUUGAACCACGAAACGCCUGUUCCAGAGACACUCUCUUACACGGCCUACGAAGGAAACGACGCGGCAGAACGUGCCCACACCUGCUGUCAUUGUGGGAAAUCUUUCAAGCAGGAGAGGUCUUUUAUUAAUCAUCAGAGUGCGUGCCUGAGAGAGCAACGAGGCGAUGAGGGAAGUAUCCUCAAGGAAGAUGGUCUGCUUGCUAAAAACCAGAUCACCCAAGUGAAAAUGAAAGACGACACGUGCUUUGACUGUGGAAAACCUGUCUGCAAAACUCCACCACUGGCCUCCCAGCCAGAGACAGACGAGGGACAGAAUCUUCACACGUGCCCCGAAUGUGGGAAAAGCUUUAGGGAUGGCCAGUGUUUUGCAAACCACCUGAGGAGCCACAAAAAGGCACCGCCUCCAAAUGUCUCCGACCGGGAGGGCCUUGAGGGAAAAACGCUGCCCGUUGACCAGCAGGAAGCCCAGCAGAAGGAAAGCCGCUACCAAUGCCCGAGCUGCAGGCGAGACUAUUCAACUCAUUAUAAUCUCAGGAGGCAUCAGCAAAUCCACACAGAAUGCCGGCCCAGAAGAAAUGCUCAAAAGGGGAAGGAUUCCACCUACAGUUGGUUCUUCUUUGACUUUCCCAAAGCCUGUGGCAAAGAACCAGCCCAUCAGCACAAAUGCGCUUACUGCGGGAAAGCGUUCAGAACGAAAAGCACCCUCAGCAGACAUCAGCAGAUCCACAUCAAGGGCAAGCCUUACAAAUGCAACAUCUGUGGGAAAGCCUUUGCGUACAGGUAUACUCUGGCGCAUCAUCAAGAAGUCCAUCUGGAAGACCAGCUCUAUCAGCAUAAAUGCUCUUUCUGCGGGAAGGCGUUCCGGACCCAGUCGGCCCUCCGCAGGCAUCAGCAGCUGCACAUGGACGGCAAGCCAUAUAUAUGCAACGUCUGCGGGAAAGCUUUCGCCUACCGGUACAACCUUACCCAUCACCGGGAAGUACACAUAGAAGGACAGAUCCAUAAAUGCUCUUUCUGUUGGAAAGCCUUUCGAACCAGUUAUUCCCUCAAUAGGCACAAGCGCAUCCACACAGAGACAAGGUCCUACCAGUGCCCCACCUGCAGAAAAGCCUUUGGAACAAAAUACUCCCUCUACAGGCAUCAGGAGAUGCACGUGAAAGAGAAUUCGGAUAGCUUGUUUAGCAGGAAAGAGACUGGAGACAACUUGGUCAAAGGUCAAGCCAGCAAGAGCAGUGACAGUGUGGACAAACAGGUUGCAGAUUUGGUCCGCCCUCCAUGCCAGGGUGUCCCCAGGGGAAAAAACCCUCUUGAAGGUUCUGGGAAUAAGGGGAGCUCAGACAUCCCCCGUCAUCAAAGCACCCGUGGAGAAGAAAAUGCUGUUAAACAGUUGGGCAGUCUAACUUUCAGGAAUGUUGGUUCGGUGCUUAUUAAAGAUCAAGACGGGCAUACGAAAGGACAGCUCCAGCAGCGGACCAAGAGUUCGGUGUCCACGGGACAGGGAGUCCAAAUGGAGGAACAUCCCCCAAGGCCCUCUGAGAACGGGGAAAUCUCCCUUGGAGUCCACUUGGGAGACCGUUCCAUGAAAGAGCCAGAUGAUUGGUGUUUCCUGGGUAAGUUGCCUGGCGUUGGUCAACAGGGAAUGAUCCCACAGAAAAAAAAAUGUCCUUGUCCUGAUUGUGGGAAAUCCUUCAGAGAUAACUAUUCCCUUACAAGACAUCAGAAAAUCCACAUUUCUGAGAGACCCCAUCAGUGCCCGAGCUGCGAGAAAAGUUUCCGUCUUUCCAAAGACCUUGAGAAGCAUCAGGUGACCCAUUCGGAUCUUAGGCCUCAUCAGUGUGUUGAAUGUGGAAAGUACUUCAAGAGGAAAUCCUCACUGGAUAAGCACAAGAAGAUCCACAAAGGGGAAAAGCCAUAUUGCUGCUCUUAUUGUGGCAGAAGGGUUACCACAAACACAAUCCUUCGGUACCAUCAGAGAAUCCACACCGGGGAGAGGCCGUACAAAUGUACAGUGUGUGACAAAAGUUAUGUGACCAGUUGGUCCCUUAAAAAACAUUUGGAGUUGCAUUACAAAACAAAUCUGCCAGGGGGCCCUCAGGAAGCAAAUCAGCUUGAUCAGAAAUGUUAAGGUGUUUCUGUGACUGGUGGGUGAAGGAAUGGGUCUCCUUUCUGAUCCACAAAUCUUGCUGGAGGCCUUUUGGGAUAGGUCUGGGUAGAAACAUCCACCUUUAAAAUGCCCAGAUUCUUUCUAUAAGCAGUGGUGACCGGCUACCUCAGAAACAGAUUUUUGAAUGUACUUUAUUUUUUCAGCCUCAAAUCAUCCAGCUGUCUUUGCUCAAAAACUGGACAUCCAUGUUAUAAGGAGCCUGUAAUAAAGAGGCUCUGUUUAUUUUGAAUGAGUGAACUUGACUGAGAACUUGGAUGCUGGAAAAAAUGAUAAGUGCAUCAUGAUCCUAUAAUUAAGAGUGAUGGCAGUGGGAGCAAUCUCUUAAUUCUUAACGUUGUCUCCCCAUUGUAAAAAGCAAGUGUGUUAAAAUAAUUCUCUUCUGCAGUGUGCAUAUGUGAAAAAAAUGAAAGAUGUGGGACAAUUUUCUCAAAAUGUUUUAAGCAGUGUGGGUGAGAAGGCUCUAGUCUUGUUUUCAUAAUGCAAAUUCGACUGGUUUAUGCAGUGAAUG